AUGAUUCAGGCGAUUCUGGUUUUCAAUAACCACAGGAAGCCGCGGCUGGUCCGCUUCUACCAGCGUUUCCCAGAAGAAAUUCAGCAGCAGAUUGUUCGAGAGACCUUUCAUUUAGUUCUCAAACGGGAUGACAACAUCUGUAACUUCUUGGAGGGUGGAAGUUUGAUUGGUGGCUCUGACUACAAACUGAUUUAUCGGCAUUAUGCUACCCUCUACUUUGUAUUUUGUGUGGAUUCCUCAGAGAGUGAACUUGGGAUCUUGGACCUCAUCCAGGUUUUCGUGGAGACUCUGGACAAGUGUUUUGAAAAUGUUUGUGAAUUGGAUUUGAUCUUCCAUAUGGAUAAGGUACACUACAUCCUUCAGGAGGUGGUGAUGGGUGGGAUGGUCCUGGAAACAAACAUGAAUGAGAUCGUGGCUCAGAUUGAAGCCCAGAACAGGCUGGAGAAGUCCGAGGGUGGCCUUUCAGCCGCACCCGCCCGAGCGGUGUCCGCUGUGAAGAACAUCAACCUGCCAGAGAUGCCCCGGAACAUCAACAUCGGCGAUCUCAACAUCAAGGUCCCCAACCUGUCCCAGUUUGUCUGA